AAAUUAGCUACCCGAUCUCUUCACUCUUGAGCUUAGACUGAGAGAAGACAAUAACAAUGUCUUCGCUUCGCUUAUUCAUUCUCUUACUCACUCUCUCUCUUUGCUUCGCUUUCCAAUCCGACGAGCUCCUCCUCGACGACGAUGAAUUCGGCCUCGAAGGCGGUAACCAACAACCGCCGCGCUCCGAUCCUCACUUCCCCUCCCCUUCCACCCCCGCUCCUCGCAAGAGGUUCACCGAAUCUUCCUCCUCCGAUUCUAAGAUCCAGUUCUCCCUCCACCACGCCUUCGGCGACUCCGAUUUCUCCGACGCCGGCAACUUCUCUGCUCGCCUUAAGACUUGGAGUCACGGCGGCCAGACACUGACGAAGUUGCGGUUUUCGCGGAAUCCAUUGACUGAAGAGGAGCAGAAGAAAUUUCAAGAGCUGUUGCAAACAGAUGAUUUCUAUAGGAUAAGACUUCCAUCCAAUGUUUUGAGCCCUCCAGGCAGGGAUUAUAUUAUUUCUUCAGUGAAAGCUCGAUGCCUUCCUGGGGAGGGAUUGGAAGAGCAUUUUGUAAUUCAUACGGAAGGUAUUAACAUCUUGGCUGUCAAUUAUGGUGCCCCUGGGGCUUGCCCUUAUCCCCGGCAACUGAAGCGUCCUGCGAGGUGGUCUUUCAAGUCUCACACUAUUUUGAAGAACAGUGAGCAAGCACCAAGAACUCCAAUAUUUGCUGAAGACGUGCUUGGUGGGGAAGAGGGAGAAGGUGAACUUGUAAAGCCAGUAGAGAGGUCCUUUUGGGCUAAAUAUUGGAUGUACUUGAUCCCUCUUGGACUCAUUGUAAUGAAUGCCAUUACACAAGCAAUGAAUAUGGCUGAGGAACAAGUGGGUGGGCAAGGUGGUGCUCCAGGACAGCAACAGCCAGGAUCUGCAGGACAGCGUGGAUCAAACGCUGGUGUGCGGAGAAGAUGAUUAGUUUGGUUCUUUUACACUAGAAGGGAUUAUUUGAGGACAUUAGUAAUGAAUGGAAUCUUAGGUUGACCUCUUUGUUUAUGUAACAUUUUAAUAGCUUUCAGAAAAAUUGUUCAUGUAUUCCCUGUAAGAUUUGAAACAAUGAUCUUAGAAUAUCCCCAAUUAAAUUUUGAGUUUUGACAAUGCCAUGUUUAAUUAUUGGCAACUAUUCAGAUUGCAUGGUUCCUCGAGAAGAUAUUGAUAAGCGAGUAAUUUAACGAUGCUGUUGCAUUAUUUAAUCAGUAUCAUUUCCUAUUA